AUGGGUACCGGCGAUGUGACCGCGACGGCAGUGGCCCCAUUAACAACGAAGUUCACCCCGGCUUCCUCUUGUCUUCUGGACCUUUAUCUAGAGGUCACUGCCAACGCGGGUGGACAGAGCAUUCCUGGUGGUUAUUCUUGGAUUCAUCUCGGACCUACGACGAGCAAAGCGGCGUGUGUUCCAUCGGGAUGGGCGCCAGAGACGUACUAUUCCCCGGGGAUUUGUCCUGCUGACUACACGCUUGGAUGCGAUGCGAGCACACAUACUAUUGGAGAAUCUAGUACGGAAUAUAGAGCGACGUGUUGCCCGACUGGAUACGCAUGUCGAGAUUCUUAUGACGCCUCCCUCUACCCAUGGGCCACAAUCGAUCCAUGCACUAUUAGAGAUCUUACGACGACUACGGCGCUCGUAACGUACACCGCCAACACAGCAGCACCGGCAACACUAGCUCUCGGCGUCACCAAUUACUAUCAGGCACUAGGAGUCUCGAUUCGAUGGCAGAAAAGUGAUUCUCUUCCAGUACAAACCGGCCCUCCAACUGGGACAACAACAACAACGGCCGCUGCCACUACUUCCACCGCAACAACAACAACAACAAGCCAUUCAAGUUCCACUACCUCAACCACAAGCCAUACAACCUCGACCACAGAGCCUUCAAGUCUCGCAGGUCCGCCGGUGUCCGCCGAAACACAUUCAAGUCUUCCAGUAUCCGAUUCAUCAUCUUCCAGCGGCCUUUCGACGGGGGCAAAAGCAGGAGUCGGAGUGGGCGUAGCCAUUGCCGGUGUUUUGAUUAUAUUCGCUGCUGUGUUUUUCUUCUAUAUACGCCCUCGUCGCAACAAAAACAUGUCGCAGAAUGCCUGGAACGGAGAGAAGAAAACCGAGUUAGAUGCAUUGCCGAUCCACCCGUCGUCGCACGAACUAGCUUCAAGGACAGUAAAUGAGCUUGAAGGAAAUUCUCGGCAUAUCGCCCACGAAAUGGAUGCUCCGAGUAACGGAUGGAGAAAGUGA